AGAGAGAGAGAGAGAGAGAGAGAGAGAGAGAGGAUGGAAACGGCGGGGCAGUGGCUGGAGAAGGCGUUGGUGGAGUUGUGCGCGAAGAUCGAGACGGGUUUGGGAUUAGGUUUGGAUGAAGAGAUUAUAAAAGGGCUUGUUUCUUACUGUGAUCUUGCGCAGCCACGAGAUGCUAAAGAGUAUCUUGAUAAUAUUAUUGGUCAGGAAGUAGGGAAAUCUGUGAUUGAAGAAUACUUAAGACGGAGAGGUCACUCAGAAUUCAGCACCAAAUCGAAUGUUCCAACUACCACAUUACAUGCCUAUGUCAAGCCACCUUCAGUUGAGACAUCUACUAGUGGAUCUAAGAAAAGGACCCCGAAAACGGUGACUGUCCGUGGUGACCAUGCAGAACCCAACAAGAUUGCUGUCGGAAGUAGUCAGGGAAGUGAGAUUCCAGCUACAAGUAGUGAAUCAAGAACAUCACAUAAAGUAAAUCAAGUGAGUUCCAAAAAGAAGAAAGCUGGGAAAACUAUUUCACUUGCUGAGGCAGCCAAAGGAUCGAUUGUGUUCCAGCAAGGAAGACCAUGCGCUUGUCAAGCGCGUCGUCAUAACCUAGUCAGCAAUUGUUUAUCUUGUGGUAAAAUUGUUUGUGAGCAAGAAGGUGAGGGACCUUGCAAUUUCUGUGGUGCACUUGUGUUGAAAGAAGGCAGCUCAUAUGCUGGUCUGGAAGAAAGCUUGCCUCCGUUGUCAGAGACUGAGGCUGCUGCUGAAGCUUACGCAAAGAGGCUUGUCGACUAUGACCGAAAUGCUGCAGCUCGUACAACAGUUAUUGAUGACCAAAGUGACUACUACGAGCUUGAUUCAAAUACUUGGUUGUCAAAGGAGGAGAAAGACUUGUUGAAAAAGAAACAAGAGGAGAUGGAAGAAGCUGAACGAGCCAAACGGAAUAAAGUUGUCGUGACUUUUGAUCUAGUUGGCCGCAAGGUUCUUCUGAAUCAAGAUGAAGUUUCAGAAUCACAGCCAGACAAUAGAAUAUUGCGUGCACCAGAUGUCAGGGAAGUGAACCGCAUUAUACCAAAUCCAACUCUUAAGAUUCAGCCAGUUUUUGUGGAUUUGGGCUUCAGUAAGAAGUCUGCGAACGAUAGGCAGGCAAGCAAAGGUAAGCAAUCAAACAAAGGCUUAAGCAAGGGGUUGUGCUUGGAGAUUACUGGGAGAGUGCAGCAUGAUAGUAAGGACUUGAAGUUCCUUCAGCAAAGUCAAUUUGCAACAGAUUCAAAUGGAAAAAUUUGGCAAGGACCUUCAGGAAAUGGAGAGCUGCAUGUUGAAGAUGAUGGUGAAUGUUUACUGGACAUAUGAUAAUUUGUAAAAGGUUUCCAUACUUUUUUGUCUAAGCCUUGAAAUCAUUGGUCUUGAUAAUCUUUUUGAGGGAAAGGAGAUAAUGAAGAAUUUUUGGCAGCAUAUAUUUUGAGAGAUGCUUGUGCACAUAUAAUAUCAGUACAUUUUUUAUUAUCAAAUCCUAGAGAUUUUUAAGGGAUUGUUUUGCUUGAA